CUACCUUGUUGACAGCUGGAAGGCCGAGUGGGAGGAGGCGGGAGCGAGGCAGGAGCAGCCGCUGCUGGCCUUAAAGGGACAUACACCCGGCACGACCGCCUUUUUACGACAUGGCGGUAGCCGAGGCCCCUGAGCACACGGGCGUUCUUCAUGCAAGUCACACAUCAACAUCCUACACCAAUGGGCUUUCAGCAGGUUCCUUCUCCGAGUACCCCAGGCACAAACCAUUCAUUAAUGCUGACCUAUGCCGAUCCCCCGCCAAGCCGGUAAUUGCCUAUCCAGAGAGUAACAGCAAAGCCAUAUUCUCCGCUCUGAAGAAUCUGCAGGAGAAAAUACGUCGGCUGGAGCUAGAAAGGAUCCAAGCGGAAGAGAAUGUGAAAAGCCUGACCAGGGAGACCUCAGAUUAUAAGAAAGUUCUAAGCGAACAGUUGCUGGAAAAGGAACAAUCGAAGUUGCAAGUGUUCAAGAAAAAUGACGAGUUGGCAGCACAACUGGCAGCAGCCGAGACUCGCUGUGUACUUCUGGAGAAACAGCUGGAAUACAUGAAGGAGAUGAUAGCGCAGGCAGAACUUGAAAAGACGACCGUCUUGGAGAAACAGGCCACAUUGGAAAAAGAGAAGAUCGUUGAUCAUUCCCACGUGAACUCCAAGUUGGAGAGGCUGGAUCUGCUUGAGAAAGAAUACACGCGGCUUACUUCAAUGCAGUCUCAUGCAGAGAAAAAAAUGAAAGAAUUGGAAGAGAAGCUCCAGGAGGAAGAACGUGCUCGGAAGCUGGUGCAGGAAAAAGCUGCUGAGCUUCAGACAGGAUUGGAGACAAAUAGAAGGUUGCUUCAGGCCCAGACUCAGCCAACACCAGUCUUGAUGCCUUCAAAACCCAAAAAGAUGAAAAAGAAAUCAAAGCAGUCAGAGAAGAAUGCCUCGGGAAUGACCCACUUCCACUCCCAGCCCCACUACAGGCUACGACUGGGCGAUGUGCCUUUUGUUGCUGGGAAGUCUACCAGCCCAAGCCACUCGGUCACAGCCAACGUCCAGCAUGUGCUCCACCUCAUGAAGCAGCAUUCCAAAGCCCUCUGCAACAGCCGUGUGGUCAGCGAAGCCCCGAUGAGUAAGCCGACGAGUAGGGGCAGGAGAUCAUCUACGUCUUCCCUUUCUUCCACGUCACAAGGAGACCUUUCUGAGGUGCUUCUGACCUUACAAGAUGAGCUCGGGCAAAUGAGUUUCCAACACCAGCACUUAGCAAAACUCAUCCAUGAAGCUUCAACGAUUGCCUUAAGGAGAGACUUGGAGAAGGAUUUGGACGUGCUUGUGAAAAGGAUGGAAGCCAAGGCUGAACAAAUCAAUAAAAUCCAGAGGCAUCGGGCACGGCUGGAGAAGCUGAAGGUCAGCAAGGCCAAGCAGCACGGCGCUCGGGAUUGCUGUAAAGUGGACGAAGAGAAGAAGGCGAAAGAGGCCGGUUUGAAAAGGAAGCCCGGCGGGCAGGGUAAGAAGAGCCUCCAGCUGCUGAGAGACAUGCAAAGUAUACAGUCCUCCCUCCAGAAAGAUGACAUCACUUGGGACUGCUGACUUGUCUUCUCCUCGUGUGUGUGUGUGGGUGGGUUGUUGUUUUGUUGUUGUUUUUUUUGAGGGGUUUGCACCUUUUAUCAUUCUGGCUGCGGCCCAACCAGCUGGAUGAAAGACAAUACCAUAGUGGCACCUUCUAAACAAAGGCUUCUCCUAUUCUACCUGUAUGCCUGAUCGUGUUACCAUCGUGGAGGGGAACCUGGGGAUGGGUAGAAAGGGAGAAAAGAUAGGCCGGCCUCUUAUUAUUUCAUUGCUAAAGCCCCACAUUGGCAUCGACACCGAUGGGAUAUUUUGCUACGAAACGUAAUCCUUGCCCUUACAAUUCUGCUUCUGACCAUUGUACUUCAUUGCUUGGGAUGAUUUCCUUCUACAAGUGGGUUUUUGUUUUUUUAAAAAAAACCAUUUCAUUUGGAGCACUGAAAAUUAACUGGGAAAAAGCAUAAGAAUUAUUAUUAUUAUUAUUUUUGCAGAGUUUUGACUCUGUUUUAUAAACAUACAGUGCCUUUGAAUGGAGCAGUGGUAUGAAGCCCUAUGUCACUUUUGACUCUUUUCAAGGUCUCAUAUGCGGCUUUUUCUUUAUAAAGAAAACAAGCUUUUUCUUCUCAGCACAGAGGACUCUGUUUGGCCACUCAUGUCUCGAUGUUUGAGCAAGAUGCUCCCGUUUUGAAAUACGGAAAUUAUGCACAGAGGUGAGAAGAUUUUCUUUGGCAUUCAAUUAAACACCAGUAAAAAGCCCACAAAUUUUAUAUCCAUUUUAACCAUGGAAUUGAUGUGGUUUCAGAGUGAAACUGAAUUGCCAAGUUAAUUUUAUCUCAUUUCUACUGUUCUGCUGAAAAGCAGGUUAUACAUGUAUUUCCCCCCAAAAAAUAAAUGGUGCCUUCGAUCAUGCUGUUUAAUACUGGCAGGCAGCUUUUUAAAAUCUAAUAUUCUCUAGACUAGAAUAUCUGGUGGUGGUUCUGGUACUAGGCAAUUUUAAUGUACAUGCAAAUAAUAUUAUUUAUUAUAUUAAUAAUGUAAAGGCUUUCCGAAGAUUGGACUGUAGUAGUAACUCAAAAUGGCCUGAGCUUUUUUGAGAUUUGAUUGGACUGCAAUAAAGGCAAAUAGAAUAAAUUAGUUGCGAAAACCA